AGACCAGAGCUGGUAUGAAUAUGCACAGUCCUCAUAGAACAGUUCACUUGUAGUUGGAACUCGGAUCGAGGAAGGUUCCCUGCUAACUACGACUCAUAUUUGCAGAUCGACAUCUAUUGAAUGACCAUGAUGAAGGCCCAAGUUUUCCUUCUUGUUGCGGUGCUGUCUUUUCGAAAGGUCCAAGCUCAACAAUGUUACCAGUGUUCUUCCUACACGGCGGACUUAGACAUAAGCACAUUCACCAGCAUGCUGACAUCAACAGGGAUACCGCCCUGUGAUGAGAAUUACCAACAAACUAGCGUAAAUUGCAGCGCAGAGGGAGGUUGCCUAAAAACAGACUACGACUUUGAAUUCGAAGUGCAAGGACUGGGUAGAGUGAGCGUCGCACAAGUCAUACGGACUUGUGGAGCACCUGCGGACGAGUGCGAGAGCGCCAGCGAACUCGCCAUCAACGCCCAACGAGACGUGAGCAACGCCGUGUUUCCCUCUACCAUUCAGUUCGUCUCCGGGAGCGGGCGUGUGUGCGUCUGUUCGGAUAAUCUCUGCAACAGGGCCCACGCAACAACGCUUAGUCUUGGCGCCCUGCUUGCGUCUCUACUCGUGUCUUAUAUCGCUAUGAAACAGUAAAGGGAGAAUUCACAUUUCUCCGAUGGUAGUACCUUGAUCUAGUGUGGGGGGGGGGUCGAACCAAGCUUUCUUUAAAAUGCUUAAGUAAAAAUUCAACAACAAAAAAUCAUAUUCAAGAUCAAAUUCUAAUUGUAAUUCUAAUUUUUAAGUUUAAGGUUUGUUAGAUAGUCCUGUUACCACCCCUGCCCUUAGUACACGUCCGCAAUUUGAAUUCAUAUUUUAUCUGAUCCAUUAAGGGGGAAGUCCACCCGGAUAUUACGUUAAAUGUAAUAGAAACAGACAAAUGGAAGCAACAGAUUAGUGAAAGUUUGAGUAGACUACGAAUAAAACCAAGAAAGCUAGGGAUUGUUGAAGUUGUUAUCGAUCAAACACAUUGUGGGAACUCGGUGACGUGUCUUGCGAGGUCAAGAUUCCAUUUGCUCUGUACAAAAAAAAAAUUACAAAAAAUCAUAAAUUUCAUGCACCCUAAAUAUAAUCAUUACAACUAUCUUUUUGAUACAACGGUAUGAAACAAUUCUAUUCCAAAAUCUAACUUAUAAAAAGAAACAUAUGCAACAUUUUCUGUACAGAGCAAAUUGUUAAAUGGAGAAAAUCUCGUAAGAUACGUAACGGUGUUGCCAAUUUGUGCUUCAAUGAUGUCACUAAAAAUAUUUUUUAAAAACUUCCCAUUUUCAA